AUGCCAUCUAACAUACAGUUGGCUGACCCUGCAUUCAACUGUCCCCAGCGCGUUGACCUGCUUCUUGGUGCCGGCCUAUUUUAUGACCUGUUAUGCGUGGGCCAAAUUAAGCUGGUUCAUGGAUUGCCUCUACUGCAGAAGACUCGCCUUGGCUGGAUCGUGACUGGUGGUGGAGAUAGACUUCGCGGCAAUACAUCUCUUUUAGCAUCUCAAGGCUUGGAAAAUGGAGCUACACUACAUAAUGUCCGCUUGGAGGAUCUGGUUAGGCGAUUUUGGGAAGUCGAAAAUUUGGACAGUGGAGUCAUAAUGGCCAGCAAGGAAGAGCUGGAGUGUGAGGAUCAUUUUAUCAAAAACUUCCAUCGUCUUCCCUCUGGCGCUUACUCUGUUCGCCUGCCGUUGAAGCACCAUGCUAAAGCCCUUGGCGAUUCCUACACACAGGCACACCGAAGAUUUCUUAAUCUUGAACGCAAACUGCAAAGGAAUCCCCAUUUAAAGCGUCAAUAUGUGGCCUUUAUUAAGGAAUACUUGGAGCUAAACCACAUGUCCAGAGUCAGCCCCGAGGCUGUGGGUCUUUGCAAGUAUUUCCUGCCGCACCAUUGUGUUCUAAAGGAGGAUAGCACAACAACCAAGCUUCGCGUUGUCUUCGAUGGAUCGGCGUUAGCCUCAUCCGGGUCGUCUCUUAAUGAUGUCCUUAUGGCUGGGCCCGUUAUACAGCCAAGGCUGUUUAACAUUUUGAUAAAAUUUCGUACUUAUCAGGUGGCCCUGACUGGAGACAUUUGCAAGAUGUAUCGGUGCGUAAGGGUGAGUGAACCCGAUAACUACUUGCAAUGCAUUUUAUGGCGAGACGAACCGGACAAAGAGCUCGAAGUUUACAAACUGGAUACAGUGACCUACGGAACCAAGCCUGCCUCAUUCCUUUCUGUUCGUGCAAUGCACCAGCUGGCCAUUGAUGAGAGGGAUUCCUUCCCUGCUGGCUCAGUUGCUCUGCAACAAGAUUUCUAUGUCGAUGAUUUCAUCUCCGGUGGAAGCUCUGUUGCUGAGGCUAUUGAGAAAAUGCGACAGACCACUGAGAUACUUGCUCGAGGUGACUUCAAGUUACGAAAGUGGUGCACCAGCCACCACGAGGUCUUAAAGGAUGUGUCAGAUGAUGACAAGGAGAAGUAUUUGAAGUUCGACGAUGGCAGCGAUAUAACCAAAACUCUUGGUCUUGCAUGGGAUCCGGCAACAGACGAGCUGCUGUUCUCUUUAUCGUCUCUAGAUCCCGGCUCCAAGGCCUGCCGACGAUCUGUUCUGGCCACCGUUGCUCGUUUCUAUGACCCGCUAGGCCUUCUUGGUCCAGUAAUCACAAAGGCCAAGGUGUUUCUUCAACAACUCUGCAAGGACAAAUUGGAUUGGGAUGAAAGUUUGCCCUUAGAUCGUAACACCUGCUGGAUUGAAAUGUGCAUCAGUUUUCAGAGCGUUCAACGCAUAUCAUUUCCAAGAUUUUUGCUUCUUUCAGAAACUGAUGUUGAAAUUCAUGGUUUCUGCGAUGCCAGCGAGGAAGCUUACGGAGCUUGCAUAUAUGUGCUGUCUAGGGGCACUUCUCCAGCCAGCAGCCAUCUCUUAUGUUCCAAAUCCCGAGUAGCGCCUCUCAAAACGAUAUCUGUACCUAAGCUGGAGUUAUGUGGCGCCCUGCUACUAGCCAAGCUGAUGAAUGAAGUUAUGAAAAUGGAUAUGUUCAAUGGUCCUUUUCACUGCUGGUGUGAUUCCUCUGUGGCGCUAUCCUGGAUCGGUAAUGAGCCUUUCAAAUUCAACGUCUUCGUGGCAAACCGAGUGGCUUCUAUACAGGAAUUGACUACUAAUAUGGAAUGGCAUCAUAUUCCGACUACACUGAAUCCUGCCGACAUUUUGUCCAGGGGUCUACUCCGGAUUUACUGGCGCUUUCUGAGAUCUGGUUUCAUGGCCCACCAUUUUUACUUGGUGGUCGCAAGGAUUGGCCUACGCGUCUGCAUUAUGGCGAUCCGAGCCUUGAGUUACGUAAACAGGUGCUGA